UUCUGGCUGUAGUUGAAGUGACGUCGGCCAAUGGGGGUCGUAGAUGUAGGCCGAGUAUAUAAGCAGUCAGAGACAAGGCGGAGGGUCUGUCAAUUGUGUUCAGCGGUGUAGUGCUUUAGUUUGAUAGUGAUGGCGCGCAGGCAAGGUGCGCUUUUCGUACUUGCGAUAUGUGCCUAUACCGUAUUUGCACAACAGUCUGAAGAACCACCGAAAAAGGAAGAUAGUUUCGAAGCAGAAUUAUGCAAAGACAAAGACGCCGGUGAGUGGUUCCGUUUGGUGGCAGGAGAAGGAGAUAACUGCCGUGACGUCAUUCAAUGCACAUCUUCUGGUCUUCAAGCCAUUCGUUGUCCGGCAGGUUUGUAUUUCGACAUCGACAAACAGACCUGCGACUGGAAAGAUUCCGUCAAGAAUUGCAAACUCAAAAACAAAGAACGUAAAGUCAAGCCUUUGCUGAUCACCGACGAGCCUCUCUGCCCCGACGGAUCUUUAGCUUGCGGCGACGGCAACUGUAUCGAAAGAGGUCUUUUCUGUAACGGAGAGAAAGACUGCUCGGACGGAUCCGACGAGAAUAGUUGCGAUAUCGACAACGAUCCGAAUCGCGCUCCGCCAUGCGAUCCAGCUGUUUGCGUCCUUCCGGACUGUUUCUGCUCGGAGGAUGGCACCACCAUCCCCGGAGAUCUUCCAUCGAAAGACGUUCCUCAGAUGAUCACGAUUACUUUCGAUGACGCCAUCAACAACAACAAUAUCGAGUUGUACAAGGACAUAUUCAACGGCAAGCGCAAAAACCCUAACGGUUGUGACAUUAAAGCCACAUAUUUCGUAUCCCACAAAUAUACAAAUUAUUCUGCCGUACAGGAAAUGCACCGCAAAGGUCACGAGAUUGCCGUCCACUCCAUCACGCACAACGACGACGAACGUUUCUGGUCUAACGCCACGGUCGACGACUGGGCCAAGGAAAUGGCAGGAAUGAGAAUCAUCGCCGAGAAAUUCGCCAAUCUCACGGACAACAGUGUGGUAGGCGUCCGAGCUCCCUAUCUGAGAGUAGGUGGUAACAAUCAGUUCACCAUGAUGGAAGAACAGGCCUUCUUGUACGACUCCACGAUCACUGCUCCACUCAGCAACCCCCCAUUGUGGCCCUACACCAUGUACUUUAGAAUGCCCCAUCGUUGUCACGGAAAUCUCCAGAGUUGCCCCACUAGAAGUCACGCCGUGUGGGAAAUGGUUCUCAACGAGUUGGAUCGUAGGGAAGACCCCACCAACGACGAAUAUCUUCCCGGUUGUGCUAUGGUUGACUCCUGCUCCAACAUUCUGACCGGAGAUCAAUUCUACAACUUCCUCAAUCACAAUUUCGACCGCCACUACGAGGAAAACAGGGCUCCUCUAGGUCUCUACUUCCACGCUGCUUGGUUGAAGAACAACCCCGAGUUCUUGGACGCCUUCUUGUACUGGGUGGAUGAGAUCUUAUCCAAUCACAAUGAUGUAUAUUUCGUUACGAUGACACAGGUCAUUCAAUGGAUACAGAAUCCGAGAACUAUCAGUGAAUCGAAAAAUUUCGAACCUUGGAGGGAAAAGUGUGUCGUUGAAGGAAUUCCAAACUGCUGGGUGCCACAUUCUUGCAAACUUACGUCUAAGGAAGUUCCUGGAGAAACUAUCAAUCUUCAAACUUGCGUGCGUUGCCCCAAUAAUUACCCAUGGGUUAACGAUCCUACCGGCGACGGUUUCUUCUAAGUCACCCAUUUAGCAAAUUAAGGGACUUUAAAUAGUGUUACCCUUGCCAAAACGGCUCUUACCUGGGGUUUUAGUGAUCCUACUGUUCCAUCUUAUAUUUAUUAUUUCUCAAUGACUGUAUGCGUGAUUUAUUUGUUGAUUUUUUGUAAUAAACAUUACCUUGAUAAGUUUAGACUGUUAAUUCUCGAUUUAAUAUCCUAAUGGCGAUAUAGCGUUCUAAAUGUGAAUUACACCAACAUGUAACAUACACUCCUAGUAGGUAUAUGUAAAAUUACGAUGAUUAUGUUUUGUAAAAAUUUUAAUAAAACUAUAAUCAUAAAAACUUA